UCUGUCUCACCACUUGUCCCGUUCUAACUUAGUCGCCGCUUUGGAGCCACUCACAAUGGAGUCGAGUUGUUGCUGCAACCGAGGGUAUAAGCGAUUGCAAUAAUAGCUAACUCAUCGCUACAGUGCCUCUGUGAAGUGAUCAUCGUCUCAUGCUCUGAUCGUUUCGAGGUGCUGUCACCUUCUACGAUGCUUUCGAUUAUCUUUUACAUAUUUUUUUUUAGGUGGCGAGUGAGGCCUUUUGGUACCAAGUUGAACAACUCAUUGGCCUUCCGAGUAUUGUUGCAUUAGUUUAGGGCAUCAGAGUUGGAAAACGUUGAGUUCGAAUGAGACAAUUGAAAUCGAAACCAAGCGAUGAAGUGUAAUUGGCUGGGGUGGAUUGUACUUCCCUAGAGAUGUUGUGUCUGGUGCCAGUGGUCCAUGACAGGUUCAUUUUCGAUGCAGAUGUAAGGUGAUUUGACCUGAGGAUGCUAGCUUUCAGUUCCCAUUGUCUUCAGCGGUGCUUAUGAGGAGACUGCAAGUGCAGCUUGAAUUGCGUUGUGUUCCCAAGGAGAAUCAUUGCGCUGGCUUACCUACGUUUAGUUUCUUCCUGGAAAUAUCUCUAGUAUUUUGUCUCAAGCAGAAGUGCAGUUGGUUUGUGAAGCUAGUUCGUCCUCUUCAAACUAGUUUCCAAGUUUACUUGGCAUGAGGUGUGGAAUUUUCUUUCUAGAAUGUUACUUAAGAUGAUGCAAGUGUUUGUGAGCUAUCGCAAGGAGUCACUAUGCGGUUGAGAGUUAGAAGGGGGCGCUUGGAGGCAAAGUCCACAUGCUCUUCCAGCCACCGUCCACUUUCUCUAUUCCGGCACACGUGUGGGUUUAGUGGAAGGUUUUGAGCACCCUGCGCCGAUAUACGGUUCAUAGACGCGUCAUUAGGUGUGCAGCUGGGUCCAGUCGGUGACAGAAUAUCCAUUUCUUCCAAGAAGUUACCGCACUCGGUGUAAGCUUUCUAUGGCGCUUGACAUAGUAGUGACUACGCUGUGGGCACUUCCAGAAUCGCUGGCGUUUUUGCCACUGGAAUGCUCAGUCUAUGACAUGUAUCAUUGAAGAAAUGUACGAGUCCCUGGACUUGCUUCUUAUACGCUAGUGCAGGAAAUUGUUAAGCUUAAUUGACGCAAUGAGGGAAGGUCGAAGAACUUCCAUAACCGGGGAGCUGAUCUUAGUUUGUUUGGCGUCUCUAUCAAUAGUUCCCCAGCUGCAUCAUGCAACCUCCACGGAGGGAAGCGUCAACAAGCUUCACACACAUGGAAAAACCGAACUUGGAGCCGAGGAGCAGGUUAAAGCACACUUCAAUGAAAGAGGAAAAAUGCAGGGAAGUGAGGUACGUCGGCAACUUGCGACAAGUGCUUGUCAAACUGGCAAUUCCAUUGACGAUUGCUGGAGAUGCGACAGCUCAUGGGAAACCAAUCGUCAAUCUCUCGCUGACUGCGCAAUUGGGUUCGGGAAAAAUGCUGUGGGUGGCAAACAUGGGUCACUGUAUGUGGUGACGAAUGACAGUGAUGACGAUGUGGUGAAUCCAAGUUAUGGAACAUUGCGUUGGGCUGCCAUACAGACAGAGCCCCUGUGGAUCAUCUUCUCACAAGAUACAAGUAUCGCGCUCACACAGGAAUUGAUCAUGAACAGCUACAAAACCAUUGAUGGAAGAGGGUACAAUGUACAGAUUUCAGGAGGAGCGGGGAUAACCAUUCAAGGUAUAUCCAACAUUAUCAUUCAUGGCAUUCGAAUGUUCAACCUUGUACCGACAGGUCCCGCCAUGGUGAGAGACUCUCCUGCGCACUAUGGUCAUAGGCUACGGUCGGAUGGGAGUGCAAUCAGCAUCUUUGCAGGAACAAAUGUUUGGUUAGAUCAUUUGUAUCUCUCGGAUUGCACCACCAAUUUGAUUAGUGCUAUAGAAGCAUCAACUUUCAUCACCGUUUCUAAUAGCUACUUCACCAACCAUGACAAGGUGAUGCUAUUUGGAGCGCAUCCAGAGGACACCUUCGACACAGUUAUGCAGGUCACAGUAGCUUACAAUCAUUUCGGAACAGGCCUUACACAGCGUAUGCCGAGAUGUCGUUUUGGUUAUUUUCACGUCUUCAACAAUGAUUACCUGGAUUGGAAAAUGUAUGCCAUUGGGGGUAGCCAAAAUCCCACCAUUCUCAGCGAAGGCAAUCGUUUCAAGGCCUCUGACAAUAACAACUCCAAAGAGGUGACCAAGCGUGUGGCUGAUGGAGGCAACGAUUUCGGGGGUUGGGAGAACUGGAACUGGAGGUCAUCUGAUGACAUGUUCUUGAACGGUGCCUUCUUUCAAGAUUCGGGAUCAUCUAACAUCGACUCUUCCUUGUACGAAAAAGCCACAAGCUUCUCAGCAAAACCAUCAUCGCAUGUCGAAACAUUAACUGCAAAUGCCGGCCCGUUUCAAUGUGGACUUGGGGGAUACUUAUCAUGUGAUUCAGGAACUCCGAAUACAUACGGUGGAUCAGGUGGGUACGGGAGCUCGCCUGGAUGGUAUUCAGCUGGAAUGCGCAAUCACAACAUUCCUGUUCAAGCCGUCUUCUUACUUCUAUUCAGCACACUUAGUGUUGUGUGCAUGUUCAUUUAGCGACUGCACAUGUGGUUGUAAACUAGUGAUAACUCGUUGAUGUUGUCGAAGCAUAAUGAAGUGGGUGCUCCUAUAUAUGUGACACGCAUUGCCUAUUAUCAUUCCAA